GGAAUUUGGUCCGCCAUCUUAGAUUCGUCAAUCGUCGUAAAACGCUUUGUGUGAUUAAUUUUUGAUUUAGAAAUUUAAGUUAAUCCUAUUUAUUUUAGAAGCUGUGAUAUUAUUUGUGUAAGCGUAUUUAUUGUAAACUUUAAAAGUCUUCUAAGUAUAUACACAAGAUGGGCCGUAAAAAGAAGAAGGCAUCGAAGCCAUGGUGCUGGUAUUGUAAUAGGGAAUUUGACGAUGAAAAGAUUCUGAUACAACAUCAAAAAGCAAAGCAUUUCAAAUGUCAUAUAUGCCACAAGAAAUUGUACACAGGCCCUGGACUCUCGAUACACUGCAUGCAGGUUCACAAAGAGGCCAUAGAUAAGGUUCCAAAUUCUUUACCAAAUAGGUCGAACAUAGAAAUAGAAAUCUAUGGUAUGGAAGGUAUUCCUCCUGAGGAUUUGAAGGAGCAUGAAAAGCAAAAGACAGGUGGAGGAAAAGUUUCAGACAGCGAUGAUGAUGAACCAUCUGCAAAGAAAAAAGCCACACCAGCACUGUUGGGAGCUGGUCCGUCGAAUGUCACACCGGGGAUCUUACCCACACCCAUGGGCCCGGUACCACCUGGGAUGUACCCCGGACACAUGCAGAUGAAUCCUAUGAUGCAGCACUUUAUGCAAGCACCUAGAAUGAUGAUGCCGGGUAUGCGACCGUUGUUCCCAGCAGUGAGUGUACCAACCUCCACACCAAGUAAACCAACCUUCCCAGCAUACAGUAGUAAUGCCACAAUAAGUGCACCACCAACCACAUCAACGGCAUCUGGGUCGGAGACAAAAGAGAACGGAGAUGUAAAGCCUCCAGCGCUGAACGCCUGUCCGCUAGUGACUGCCACGGGCGCCGGCUCCAAGAUCAUCCAUCCUCCAGAAGAUGUGUCGUUAGAGGAGAUCAGGGCGAGAAACUCCAAGUAUCGGCCCAAACCGAAGCCGGACCAACCAGCACAAACCCCCACACCUACCAUGAUCACACCUAGUAGUCAGGCUGAGGUGGCCGCACACAUGUCAGCCGCGGCGCAGAUGUCCGCAGCGGCUUUAGGACGGCAGGCGGCGUUACGGCGCGCUCUACCCGGCAUGGUGGGAGUGUUACCCCAAGUCCGGGUGCCCGUGCCCGUCUCGCUGCCGGUCAUGCUGCCGGUGCAUCCGCAGCACAUGCACAUGCAGCAGAUGCAGAUGCAGCAGCAGAUGCAGCAACAGAUGCAGCAACAGAUGCAGCAGCAGAUGCAGUUCAACCUCAUGCGCCCGCUCCAGCCCGGGAUGCUGCUGCCGGGCGGGAUGGGCGGCGUGAUGCCGAUGAGCAUGUUCCCCGGCGGCGUGCCCGGCCUGCCCAUGAUGCAGCCGCGCUACCGAUAGCCGGCGCGGGCGGAGCGGUGCGGUGUCGACGCGGCGCAGGUAAGGCGGCGGCGGCAGGUGCGUGCGGGACAGGUGACUCCGGUCGCCCGGAGGGCUGGGCCGGCAGUUCCCUGCCCGCCCGAGCGCGCAGGCGACGCCCGUCACAACGCUGUUGUUGGAUUGGCGGCCCCCUGUCCCUUUUACUUAUUCGACGCGGACUCCCGAAGUGUGUAACUCGAUGUUAAAUUUUUGCCUUAACUUUUUUUCCGUAAGCGUUUCCACAGUUGUGACGUUCGCCUAUUCUUUGUAGAGUUUUGACAGUUUUAUGGAUAAUAAACGCUCUCGAUAUUGAA